CUGCAAUACAACUCCAAACCUAACCUUAGCAACUCGUAUAAUCACAGCAACCGAAGCAAAGUAAUCAGAUCCGUCAGCGAUUCUAAACCCCCGGUCGAUUCGAUUCGAUACGAUACGAUGGACUUCCGAGGAGGCGGGCCGACGAGGUGGCAUCAGCCGCAGCCUGCCGUCUCCGCCGGCUCCGAGGGGCUGGCGGCGCUAUCUGCCAGCCUCGCGCGGGCUCUGGCCGACAAGCACGCAAACAGCAACCUGGUCUUCUCGCCGCUGUCCAUCUACACCGCGCUCGCGCUCGUGGCUGCCGGCGCCCGCGGCGCCACCCUGGACGAGAUCCUCCUCGUCCUCGGCGUGCCAUCCCGCGGCGAGCUCGACGCGUUCGUCGCGCGCGCGGCGGGGGCCGCGCUGCAGGACCAGUCGGGCUCCGGCGGCCCGCGCGUGGCGUUCGCGUGCGGCGUCUGGAGCGACAUGGCCUGCCCGCUCAAGCCCGGGUUCCGCAGGGCCGUCGUCGACGGCCCGUAUGGGGCCGAGGCCUCCACCGUCGACUUCCGCGGCGACCCCGAGGGGUCGCGCCAGCUGAUCAACGCGUGGGCGGCGCGCGCCACCAACAGCCUGAUCGACUCCGUCCUCGGCCGGAACUCGGUGAACGAGCUCACGCGCGUCGUGCUCGGCAACGCCGUCUACUUCAAGGACAAGUGGGACCAGCCCUUCCACAAGAGCGACACCUCCGACGCGCCGUUCCGCCGGGCCGGCGGCGCCGGCGCCGUCGACGUGCCCUUCAUGCAGAGCUGGAAGAGGCAGUUCGUGGCUGUGCACGACGGGUUCAAGGUGCUCAAGCUCGAGUACAAGAUGGGGGAACUGCGUGCGCGCCCGCGCCCGCCGUUUCAUCCCAGAGACGUUGAUCGUGAUCCCACGAAGCCCGCCCCGUUCUUCCCUAACCGUGCCCCGCUCGGCCGUCCUGGUCGCUUCUCUCAUGCUGCCGCACCUUCCCGUCUCGCCGUCGCCGGCUCGUCGUCCAACGACAGCUACAGCUAUAGCUCCAGCGCCACACAGUUCUCCAUGUGUAUCUUCCUCCCGGACACCAACGACGGCCUGCGCAGCCUGCUCGACGCGAUUGCCUCCCGGUCGGGCUUCCUGCACGAGCACCUGCCUACUCAGAAGGUGGACGUCGGCGAGUUCCGUGUGCCCAGGUUCAAGCUCUCCUUCCACGACAGCGUCGUCGGCGUCCUCAACAAGCUGGGCCUCCGCCUGCCGUUCAGCGAGGCGGCCGACCUGUCCGACAUGACGGACAACGACCACUCCGGCCUCCCGCUGGUCCUCAGCGAGGUCAUCCACAAAGCGGUCAUCGAGGUGAACGAGGAGGGCACCAGGGCCGCGGCCGUCACCAUGGAGGAGGGGUGCGCUGCCAAGCCGAGGCCACCGCCACCGGUGGAUUUCGUCGCCGAUCAUCCAUUCGCCUACUUCAUUGUGGACGAGGGGACGGGCGCCGUCGUCUUCGCCGGCCAUGUCCUAGACCCCUCGACACAAUAAUAUAGAGCAACAACAUAGGAUGUUGGAAUUUCUGGAUUUCGAAUACAUUGCAUGCGUUUGAAAUAGAUGACCAGC